AUGUUAAUGCAAACGAUCAAGCUGCCUGAGGAGAGACUGUGGCUGGUGCUCGGCGGCGAGUGUCUUCCCACCAACAGUGGCAGGACUUGGUACACCUCUCAUCUACCGUAGCCAUUAUACACUAAUAACAACAACACAAAGGAAGAGAAGUAACACUACACAUCUGCUCGUGCAUUUAUUGGAAGGCUAAAUGAAACGCAUCAUUGGUAGAACGUCAGUGGCAGUGCAGCAGAGUAUACGUGUAUACCUGUAAAUAGAUCUGUGAAGCAAUGAAGAAACUCAGCAGAAAAUUUAUAGAUACUCUUCGAGUGCACGUGAAGGGUGGCAGUGGAGGUCUGGGGUUUCCUCGACUUGGUGGUGUUGGGGGCAAAGGUGGAGAUGUUUACGUGGAAGCUUGUAAAGAAUAUACCCUGAAGAAAACAUUAAAUGCUAAACCUGGAAAACGCUGGAUUGCAGCUAGUGGUGGCAAUAGCAGCAAGUUUCUCAUCUUGGGGAAAGGAGCUGAAGACCUUACUAUUCCUGUUCCUGUUGGUACUUCAAUCAAAUUAGAUCAACAAAAACUACUUGGUGAUGUUAACUGUGUAGGAGACAAGGUGCUGGUGGCCAGGGGUGGAGCAGGUGGCUCACCUGUCAACCAGUACAAUGGACAGAAGGGGCAGGCAUGGGAUUUGCAACUUGAGCUGAAGUUGCUAGCAGAUGUGGGUCUUGUUGGUUUUCCAAAUGCUGGUAAAUCAACACUUUUAAGAGCAAUUUCCAGGGCUAAACCCAAAAUUGCUAGUUACCCAUUUACAACAUUGCAACCCAAUAUUGCAAUGGCAGAAUUCGAAGAUGGACGCCAAAUUAGCAUUGCAGACCUUCCUGGUUUGAUAGAAGGAGCAUGGGCCAAUGUUGGCAUGGGGCAUAAAUUUCUUAGACAUGUUGAAAGAACAAAGCUUCUUCUCUUUGUUGUUGAUAUCAAUGGUUUUCAGUUGGGACCCAAGCAUCCAUACCGAACUGCAGUGGAAAACAUUAUUCUCUUAAAUAAGGAGUUGGAGAUAUAUUCCCCGGACCUCCUUGAUAAGCCUGCCUUGCUCAUGAUCAACAAAAUGGAUUGCCUAAAUGCUGAAGACAAUCUGAAGAAGCUCCUGAAAGACCUUAGCCAGAUGAAGGAAUUAUGCAUGAAUUUCCCAGAAGAAUUUCGCCCACUCGAAUUAGUUAAUUUUGAUGAUGUUAUACCAUGCUCGGCUCGAGAGAAUAGAGCUUCAGUAAAUUGCCUAAAACAGCGUUUGCGUGAGCUUCUCGACUUUUAUGGAGAUCAGGAAAGGAAUCAAGCUACAGUGGUCGCUACAGCUAAGGAAAAAGUAAAAAAGCAGCUAUGUGAAAGUAGUAACCGUUUAACAUGAUUCUUCUCUGUAGACUGUAUUUUUGUAUAUACAUUACUAUAUGCUGUAAAUUUUCCCGUAUUAAUAAUACAGAAUAAAAGAUGGUUAAUAAACAAAAAAGUACAUGAUCUUUAAUUUUGUAUUGGUAAAUGUGACCCAUUAAAUUGUAACAAUCUCUGCAACAGUAUUUACCAGAAGUAAGCAUUUCAUUACAUUCAUUGCUGGGUUCAUGAAUGGUCAUUUGAGGCCAUGUAGUAGACAAAAUGGAACUGAGACAGUGCAAUCAAAAAUUAGUAGGCUAGUUAAAAAUCAGCAUACCAAAUGAAAUAUUUAUUUCAAACAUACAAUACUGUACCUGCAUUCAUUUAGGUUUAGAUACCAAUGAGAUGAACAAUUAUUGUAGCAAGUCACAAGUUCAAAUCCAUAUAUGAAUUACAGUAUAAUAUACUGUACAUGUACUUUAAUUUAAUAAAGCAUUAGUGACAACUGAUUGGUAAUCACAAAUGCUAACUCAUAGAAUGUCAGCUGGAGAUACAUUAAACAGCAAUUCUUCUGCUGGAGAUAUAUUAAACACAGCAACACUGCCACAAUGUUUAUGCAGAACAGCAGAGCCUAUAAUUAUGAAGUAUGCCACAGAUGUGUUAUGAGGGUGGGGAAAAACAUGCUACUUACCCAGUAGCAAGUACAGUUAGUAUAAAUAUUGGUCUUUACAUUGGUACAGUACUACUGUACAGUAUGUAUGAAGCAAUCAGUCUCAAACAGAUCAAAAUUUCAAUGCUGAUAAUAUAAAUAAGAUAUUUCUUUUUAAAUAAACUAAUUUGAAAAGAAAUAUUUGAAAAUAACAACAAUUACUCUGCCUGUUAGGCAAAUCAGACCUUGCAUACUAGGCCAAGUAGUGCAGUCUGGCUAUUAGGUAGGAUACAAACUCACACUCUGACUGUAUAUUAUAAUUGUUAAAGUCAAUAAUCAACAUUAUUUAAAACUUAGGAAAUGUUUUAGAUAAAUAUAAAUUGCAUAAUAAAAGUGAAUUAUUUAAACAUUAGGUCUUGGAAGAAAAUUGAAUACAAGAACAAAAGUAGUUGAGGAACUUUACAAUUUUGUUUACAGUCAUUCAAGUAUGGAGACAUUGCAUUAAAAAAAAGCAUCAUCUCACUGA